AUGACAAAAUCGCGCACUUUGCUCUCAUUGUUAAAGUCGUUAUGGCUACGUUCGACUGGACAACCUGGAUGGUGUGACUGCAUUAUUUGCCGAGAUGAGAUGCUUAAUUUACCAGACCCUCUCGGAUUUUCACAGGAUGCUCGCGAGUUUCAGAAGAGAUUACGAAAGAUGCCUAGGACCUACAAAUGCAAACCAUGCAACCCUAGAAGGAGUCGCCGACAUGAGAAGGACGAGGCUUGCAGUAAUACUCCCAACGAGACUCAAGUUGCAGCUUCUACUCACAUAAGUCCUCAUCCUGAUAACCCGUUGCCUCAAACGCCUACACCAAGCAAGACAACAAAAACGGUCAGUUUCUCAGAGCCGCUGGAACAGUACUGUUCACCAGAAAGGUAAGU